AUGGCAGAGGGGAGUGCAGCUCCCGAUCCAGAGCAGCUCCUGAGGAGGGUGCAGGAGCUGGAAGAGGAGGUGAAGAGGCUGCAGGAGAAGCUCUGUGAGGCCCAGGAGGACAGCAGGGGAAGGGAAGCUCCUCCAGGCCCCAGCAGAGGCAAGAAACGUCAGCAGAGGCCCUUCGACUUCAGUGCCUACGGCCGCAGGCGUGUGGCACUGAAGAUUGCCUACCUGGGCUGGGGCUACCAGGGCUUUGCCAGCCAGGAGAACACCAGCAACACCGUGGAGGAGAAGCUCUUUGAGGCCUUGAAGAAGACACGGCUGGUGGACAGCAGGCAGACCUCCAACUACCACCGCUGCGGCCGCACCGACAAGGGAGUCAGCGCCUUCGGACAGGUGAUCUCCCUGGACCUGCGCUCCAGCCUCUUGGAGGGGAGGAAGACGAACGGCCAGGGGGGGCAGUGCCAGGGCACGGGCGAGCAGGAGCUGCGCUACACCCACAUGCUCAACAGGGUGCUGCCCGCUGACAUCCGGGUGCUAGCCUGGGCGCCUGUGGGCCCCGACUUCAGCGCCCGCUUCAGCUGCCUGCACAGGACCUAUCGCUACUUCUUCCCCUGCGCUGGCCUGGAUGUGGCCCUCAUGAACGCCGCGGCCCAGAGGUUCGUGGGGACCCACGACUUCCGCAACCUCUGCAAGAUGGACGUGGCCAACGGCGUCGUCACCUUCCAGAGGACCAUCCUUGGUGCGGCCGUCACCUGGCUGCAGCCGGGAGCGGGGAGCGAGUCGUGGGACCCCUUCCGCCUGUGCCAGUUCGAAGUGACGGGGCAGGCCUUCCUCUACCACCAAGUCCGCUGCAUGAUGGCCAUCCUCUUCCUCAUUGGCCAGGGCAUGGAGAGCCCAGAGAUCAUUGACGAGCUGCUGGAUGUGGAGAAGAACCCCCGGAAACCGCAGUACAGCAUGGCUGUUGAGUUUCCCCUAGUCCUCUACAACUGUGAGUUUGAGAACCUGCAGUGGCUCUAUGACCGUGACGUGCAGGAGUUCAAUGUCACCCACCUGCAGCAGCUGUGGGCCAGCCAGGCUGUCAAGACUCAAGUGCUGAGGGACAUGUUACAGGGGCUGGAGGCUGCUCCCGUGCCUGCUGCCAACGACCCAGGGAACAGCACAACCGUCCUGUGGGGAGAGCUGAAGCCUCCCCUCCAGAGCCAGGCCAGCAGCUUCAUGGAAGGCGUCCGGGCCCGCACCUACAAACCGCUGCUGGCACGGCCCAAGUGCGAGGGGCUGGAGGCCAGGAUCCGCCACUUCGUGCGCAGGGGCCGCAUCGAGACCCCCCCUGGCCUGCCCCCGAGUGAGGAUGGGCACCAGCAGCCCCCCGAGGCCAAGAGGAGCCACCAUGGAGCUGCCCUGGAGAAUGGCGCUGGCACAGAGCAGCCUCCCAAAAGGGUCUGCGUGGACGUGGAGUGA